UGGUAAGAAUGAGCCCAGGGCAAGUGAGCGAUGCCAUGGCAGGAGUACUGCGCGUGCGCAGACCCAGGAGCGCGAUUGCGAUGCACCUUCUGCAGUGGUUCGGGUUACCCCAGAAAGUGACGGGGGGAAGCCACACCUGAGGCCAGGUCCUGAGCACGCGGAGCCGUUCUCCAUGAGUUCCUCGGGUUUCUUGCGCUGGUCCGCACCGCUGGCCAGAAUGUGCACAGCGCCAUGGGGGCUGCGGCUUCGGGAGAAGCCAGCGCUGUUAGCCCCGGGGGCGGCAGUCACUGCGGUCCAGAUGGCAGGCAAGAGGGACCGCCCCGCCCCGCUGCCUCCCCUGGAUGAGAGUGACCUUGAAGAGCAGUUCGUGAAAGGGCACGGUCCGGGAGGCCAGGCAACCAACAAAACCAGCAACUGUGUGGUGCUGAAGCACAUCCCCUCGGGCAUCGUUGUCAAGUGCCACCAGACAAGAUCAGUGGAUCAGAACAGAAAGCUGGCCCGGAAAACCCUACAGCAGAAAGUGGAUAUUUUCUACAAUGGUGAAAACAGUCUUGUUUACAAAGAAAAACGGGAGGCAGAGAAGAAAAAGCAAGAGAGGAAAAAAAGAGCAAAGGAAACCCUAGAAAAAAAGAAACUCCUGAAAGAACUGUGGGAAUCAAGUAAAAACGUCCACUGAGA